AUGCAAAAUAGUAAUCUUCUUCGUCUUUUCGAAGAUCUUCUGAUCACCACAACCGACGCUCAGCGUAUUGAACUUCUCGAACGUAUUCACAUUGAACUAUCAAGUAUAACUUCAUCGGUUCAGUUCGAGCAGGUUCAUCAACAUAUUCCUUGGACUUAUCUUUUCGAACUAUUUCGAUCGAACAAAAACGAUGAAGUAGAACGUCUUCUCUGCUCCAUUAGUGAAUAUUUCAUUAACAAUUUAUCUAUCGAGCAGAUUAUGACAAAUUUCUAUCCAUUGUUAAACACUGGUUUAGAUCGUCAAACAGGUUAUUCAUAUCGUGUGAACCUUCUUUGUUUGAAAGCAUUUGAAAAGUUAACGCAUUGUUCAACAUCAGAAUGUUUUUAUGUUAUUCAAAACUUGUUUCAACAUUCGCAUAUCAAUGCAUUGCUUCAUCUAUUUCUCGAUAGUGAUCAACAAACUUUAUGGUUAAAAUCGAAGGAAAUUCUCGAACAAAUGAUUCGAAAUGUUAGUCGAAUUGAAAAUACUGAUGUUUUCAAUACUUAUCUUCGAGAACAAUAUUUUCAUGGAAACAACAGACAAAUUUUACUUUCAGCAAACGAAAGAAACGAAAUUGUGAAACUUCGACUAUACGAAUAUUUGAUUGAUUUAUGUUUGAUCGAUUCGAGAAUUUAUCAACAUAUUACCGAAGAGCAACAUUUACUUGAUGAAUUUCUUCAUGAUUGUACACAUAGUGAUAAUGAUGUUUUAUAUUUAAUGAAUUGUUUGGAACUGUUAACAACUUUAACACAAAAGUCACAUACUUUAUUAUAUUUACAAAAUAAAACCAAUGUUAUUGAACAUUAUUUACAAUUGUUAUUAACAUCGAACGAAGCCGAUGCGUUGUAUGAAUUGGUUAAGCCGGGUUUUAUUAAAUUUUUCGGCUGUUAUUUACGAAAUUAUCUUGUUUUGCUUCAAAAUAAUCUGUCAGAAAAUCCGAUCAAUCAAUUACUUGAACGAUUUUUACCGUUUCUAUUCGAUCUGCUACUUCAAUCCGAUGCCAGUGCGUACGUCGCUAUCGGUUUAGAUACAAUUGGUUUUAUCGGUAAAACACUUCGUGGGAAAGAAUACAUGUUGACAGUGGCAAAAUUCGGCAAUUUUAUUGAGAAACUAAUUCAAAUGAUUCGCUCUGCACAAUCCGAUGUUCGCAUCCGUUCACUUUCUUGUCUGGCUGACUUAUUUCAUAUUUCAUCGAAUGAUCAAGCAACAUCAGAGAUUCACAAUCUCACCGAACAAAUCUACCGUUUAUGCAAUCGAGUAUUUGCAGUCUUGCCCAUUAUAAUUCAAAUCGCCAAACAACCGUUUGUUGAUUUACGAUUGGCUGCAUAUCGUUGUUUAUUCGAAUUGACCCGAUCAACAUGGGCAUUAUGUGCAAUGAAUAAUGAACCCGGCUUUCUCGAAUUUCUUCUCAACCGUUCGACAGAGAAAGACAAAGAAGGAAAAGAAAUGAAAUAUGCAAUCAUCCAGUCGAUUUGUCAGAAUAGUGAAGAGGCAAAAUCAGCAAUUGGAAAUGUUAAUUUUCUUAAAUUGAGACGUUAUCUUAACGAAGGCGUUUUUUAUAUUGAACCCGAAGCGAAUGUUGCUUUUGAUGGAUCAAACGACUUACCAAUCAAGCAAAAGUUUCGUCAAUCUGAUGAAAUUAAAAUGUCUAGCAUUGCCGAACAACUUCAGCAAGUCGUAAACAAAGGUCUUUCGCAUAGAGAACUGAUGGACAAAUUUAAAUCGAUCCUUGAUGAGAUCUUUCAAGAUUCAAAACAAGCUCAUACAGUAGAAAACUUGAAAAAAUUUCUCGAUGCUGUGGUCGACGAUAAAAUCGUUUUGGUUGCAUCACGACAAUUACUAACAGAUUUAUGUACAUCAUAUCUACCUCGUUUAUCAGCGGAUCAGGCCAAAGAAGUGUCGUUAUACGCACUUGAACGAAUGGCUGCACGAGCGAUAUCAUUUGAAGAUCAAGUUGGUCAAUAUCGAAAUUUUCUUGCGGAUAUUUAUGAACGUGAAGAAAACUGGCGAGAAGCAGCCAAAGUUCUUUCUGUUGCACCGUUAGAAUCCGCCCAAAAACCUUUACCGCCUGAUUACAAAUUAAGAACAUAUCUACGUAUCGCACGACUUUACCUGGAAGAUGACGAUCCCGUUCAAGCGGAGGUGUAUAUUAAUCGAGCAUCGUUAUCACAGAAUGAAACACGCGAUGAAGAAUUGCAAAUUCUCUAUCGAGCAUGUUAUGCACGUAUUCUUGAUUACAAACGAAAAUUUGUCGAAGCUGCACAACGUUACAAUGAAUUAUCGCUGAAAUCGAUUAUUAGCAGCGAAGAACGUAUGAAAGCAUUAGAUAACGCAUUGAUAUGUGCAAUUUUGGCACCGGCGGGUCCACAUCGAUCGAGAAUGUUAGGAACGUUAUUCAAAGAUGAACGAUCACAACGAUCACCCGCUUAUUCGAUAUUAAACAAAAUGUAUUUAGAACGUAUUAUCAGUCCCCAAGAUGCAAAACAAUUCGAAGGACUCCUUGCUGAACAUCAAAAAGCAACAACAGCUGAUGGUUACACAAUUCUACAACGCGCUGUGAUUGAACAUAAUCUUGUUGCUGUUAGUAAAAUUUAUACAAAUAUAUCAUUCACUGAAUUAGGUGGUUUACUAGGUAUUCCCAAGGAAAAAUCGGAAAAAAUCGCAUCGCAGAUGAUCUCUGAAGGACGUUUGAGCGGCUUUGUUGAUCAAAUUGCAUCUGUUUUACAUUUCCAAGCAAGCGAACAACUUGCUCAAUGGGAUCGUCGAAUUGAAUCAUUUUGUGUUCAAGUCAAUCAAGUACUUGACAAAAUUCAAGCUGUUCAUCCUGAAUGGUGUGAAAAGACCAUGGCAACCAUCGAAGCAAAAAUAAAUGCCACAACAAAUGACGAGCACGAUACCCCGAUGAUGGAAACAACAACAACAACUGUUAGAUCAAUGGAUGUUUCCUAA